AGCCCGUCUCGUGAAGCCUCCAUCUUUAACUUUACUUCCACACACGCAUACCGCAAGAGAGCACGGUGCAAACGUUUUCAAGUGCAUACAAAGUUCGCUCGCUGGAGGCCGUAUGCCUGUGUCGUUCUACACUCUGUUUCGGUAAUGGCCAUCGUAGACUGGACCGCCGCGGAACAGGAUCGAGUUUAAAAGGCGGCCCACCAUCAUUGUCCGUUUGGCUGCGUCGUUUUGCAGCGCUGCACCAGAGCUGCCAUCGUGGGGGCCUACUCCAGGGGCCAAUGAUCUAGCGCUGGCUCACACACCGAUCAACCAUAAACAACGUCUAGCGAAACAAAUCGCCCGAACGCUAUCAACCGCCGCAUUGUGCGGGACAACCAUCGAUAGUUGCAUCCGUGUGACGGGGUCGGUCCCCCAACCCCUCGAUUUCUUUCCCGAGUACUGAACUGCGAAGAGCACUGAGUCAUUGCGACGCGUAAAGGGGGCAAGUAGUAGCUGCUAUAUACCUCAGCAGUCGUGUCCUUCCUCUUAUACCUCAGGAGUCAUCUCGUGGCGUAGUCGAUCGCUGUUCCGGAGGAAUAGCAGUUGGAAGUUGGGCGGCCGUGUGAAGACCUUUUAUUUCCAGUAAAGCCCAACGUAGUGCUCGUGGAUGGUUGGCGUGACGGUAAAGGAGAAGGGCAGCAGUGGUAGCAGCAGCGGUUCGAAUAUGUCGCGCAGCGUACGCGCGGAAACGCGCGCUAGCAAGAAGGACGAUGUCAAGAAGCUUAUGCUGUCGAUGGACCGCGUCCGGCACUGGGAAAAAAAGUGGGUCACGAUUGGUGAGACGUCGAUGAAGAUCUACAAAUGGGUGCCGAUUUCGUCGAACGACAAAAAAAAACCAGCUUCGUCGGCGGAAGGUGGUGUAGGAGUGGGAGGUGGUGGGGUGGGCGCCACUGGUGGUGGAACAUCGCUCGGCGGUGGCCAGGCAAUGCUCACCAAAACUGGCAUCGGUGGUGUUCCUACCGGAGGCAAUGGAAGCGGUGGAGGUGGAACAGCUAGUGGCCCUACGUCUCAGGCGGGCCCGAACGUCGCUAACAACGGUAACAGCAACAGCAAUAGCAGUGAAAACAAAGAGAACAGUAGAAAGCCGAUCGGAACCGACUCCAACUCGAACUCUAACUUCGGCCUCGCCGAGGACUCCAAUACCUGUUUUUCUAUCGUCAGCGAUUCCCAAGGCGCCACGGACUUUGUUUCGAACAUGUUCUCGGAAGACUCCAACUCGCAGGGUAGCGACAGUGCAUCGAAACGGCUAAAACGGGAAUAAUUAAAUACGACCAGUAUACCUAAGAGAAAGUGAGCGAUACAGUAGGAGAGGACGAGUUGUACAAGAACAGUACCUACUUCUGUCCUCACACUUGCUACCCUUUCAGACUAUGAUUGGUCCAAGCCGCCAUUCGCUCCUCCACAAAAGGCCUGCAAUCAUCAUACAAUCAACAAUUCAUCAGUGCUGAUGAUAGGGAUUAUUCUUAUCCCAAUAAGGUGAUCGGAUCUUUCAGCAGUCAAGUUCCAUCAUAUGUGCCUGGAACAUCUAAAUUUCUAAGGGAAUCGAUAGGCAACAAUACAAUCGUCCGGGUUAUACUGCGAGACACACGCGAUCACCUUAUCCCAAUUGUACAAAACGUUUGUAUUUGAGUGCAUGUGUGCUUGUAAGCAGCACGUGUAUGUACCUUUUAAGACCACACCUCGCGAUCGUGAAUCUAUGUACAGAGGUGAACUUAAUCUUUUUAUUGCUUUCUUAUUUUAUGUAUUUUCAUAAUCAUUUACUUCUAGACUAACUAGAGAGUGCACCUUCUUAUGGAUACGCCAUUCGGAUUUUUGUAUGCCUCCCUAGUCUUAUCGUUCAUUUUGUAAUUCCAUUUCCACGUUUGUCCUUUAAUAAUAGAAUGCAACGCCGUGAUGGCGAUAGCACUGAUCAAGGUUUAACUAUUGUUAUGAGACACAUGUUUCGAGUGCGAUUAGAAGGUUAAGGUUAGCCCAUUAACCAGCCAAGAUGAUGAAAAAAUGGAAACAAGAUUGUGAAAAAAUGGAAAAAAGGAACGAUGAACCUAUUCAAAACCGUUCCCAAUACCCGUGUAGACAAGCGUGAAUCUUAGUUAAGGAUGCUUGCUUAAUUUCGUAACUCCCCUUUCACGAGGUGACGGGCGGAAUAAUCAUUAUUUAUCCACAAAAGAUGGGCAGACAGCCCAGCAGUCCUUAAGGGAGCGAGAAAGAGGGAGAAACAACCAACUGAGUUAAAGAACGACACGGGUUAGCUCCUUCGUGGUUAACCAAUUUAUCACGUACAGUACGAUACGAAGCUAAUGUACUACUUAUGAAUAAACAACACAAGUCUUGGUACACGAACUCGACCCAAGAUACGCGAAAUAAAGACAGACAAACCUACACAAUUUAAUGUUGUUAUAACUUUAAAUGACGGAUAUAGGUUCCGCUGGUAUAAAAGAGUUCGUGGUCAUAUUUUAAUUCUGUGAUGGUAAAUUUAUUUAGUAGAAUAGUCGAUGUCUCGUCGUUUUCACGCUGGGUUGGAUUCCUUAAACCGACGUGACAAGGGGGUUGGCUCGGAGCCAACAACACCAUCCGUGAAAACACAACGUUACAAUAAGCAACAUAGAUUAACAUUCUCCUUUGAAGACCAAGAUCGCUCUGCUGUUGUAA